GCAUGUCCCUGACUACGCUCUAGACUUCUAAUUAAUAAAGGAAAUGACACGAGAGAAGUCUGAUUUGUUUCCCAGGAUCCAAAGCUGGCUUCUGGUAAUCCUCUCUCUUUUCUAAGCGCCCGCAACUCAGAAUUUUGCUAGAACCUGAACUACAGCUUGGUGGCGGGUGUACCCCGGGAAUCUGUUUCAUUAGAACCUGGCUGCCCAAGAGUCCCUGUCCAUCCUCCCAGCACGCCCAAGACUCGCGGACGUCUCCAAAGGUCCCCACAACCCCACAAGGCCUGCCUGGGAAUGCGAGCAGGGUCCAGGCCGCAGCCAAGAGCUCACCUACCACUGCCCAGCACACCGAACCCAGCCAACCCUCCCGGAACCCCGCCCACAGCAAAGGUAACGUGGCCACGCAGCCAAUGGAGCGACAUGGGGAUGGGGGCGUGGCUUUAGGCCCAGCGCACGUCCCAAUUGGCUAGCAGGGAUGUCUUCCAGACGGCGCGCACAGCCCGCCAGUCUGCCCUUUCCGGUCCCCUCGCUGGGUGGCUGCCUUGGCGGGAGUUGGCCGCUGGUGUGAGGUCAGGUUCCUGUGGAGAGAGAGAGGCAGAGGUGGCUGGUUUCCAGAUCUUACAGGCCCCCAUGGCCACUAUGUUGGGAACCAGACUCCAGACCCAGCAGAGGAGCAGCAGCCAGAGUGGCCGGGAGACCAGACUGUGGUCCUCAAGCUUUGGGAUGAAGCUGGAGGCUGUCACCCCAUUCCUGGGGAAAUAUCGCCCCUUUGUGGGUCGCUGCUGCCAGGGCUGUACCCCCAAAAGCUGGGAGUCCCUCUUCCACAGAAGCAUAAUGGAUCUAGGCUUCUGCAAUGUGAUCCUGGUGAAGGAGGAGAACACCAGGUUUCGGGGCUGGCUAGUUCGAAGGCUCUGCUAUUUCUUGUGGUCACUGGAACAGCAAAUACCCUCCUGCCAGGAUACCCCGCAGAAGAUCAUGGAAAACACUGGGGUGCAGAAUGCCAUCUCAAGGAGGGCCCCAGGAGGGGCUGGGGAAGGCCAGGUGCCCGGCCUCGUGAAAAAAGAAGUUCAGCGCAUCCUGGACCAUAUCCAGGCUCCACCCCGCCCCUUCCUGCUCAGGCUGUUCAGCUGGGCACUGCUGCGCUUCCUGAACUGUGUCUUCCUGAACGUGCAGCUCCACAAGGGCCAGAUGAAGAUGGUCCACAAGGCUGCCCAGUCAGGUUCGCCGCUCGUCCUCCUCUCUACCCACAAGUCACUGCUAGAUGGGCUCCUGCUGCCCUUUGUGCUGCUUUCCCAGGGCCUGGGUGUGCUCCGUGUGGCCUGGGACCCCCGCACCUGUUCCCCCACCCUCAGAGCUCUGCUUAAGAAGCUUGGGGGACUUUUCCUGCCCCCAGAGGCCAACUCCCUGGACAGCUCUGAGGGGGUCCUUGCAAGGGCUGUGGUAUGUGCGGCUAUAGAGCAGCUGCUGGCCAGUGGACAGCCCCUGCUCAUCUUCCUGGAGGAGCCCCCUGGGGCCCAGGGGCCUCGGCUGUCAGCCUUGGGCCAGACCUGGCUGGGACUAGUGGUACAGGCCGUGCAGGUGGGCAUAGUCCCAGAUGCUAUGCUGGUGCCAGUGGCCACCACCUAUGACCUGGUUCCAGAUGCAUCUUGUGACACGCGCCAUGCCUCAGCCCCACUGGGGCUGUGGACCGGAGCUCUGGCUGUCUUGCAGAGCCUGCGAGGCUGGGGCUGCAGCCACAGGGUCUGCGUCCGGGUGCACUUGGCCCAGCCCUUCUCCCUGCAGGAGUACACCAUCAACUCCAGAAGCUGCUGGGGCAGCAGGCAGACCCUGGAGCAGCUGCUGCAGCCCAUCGUGCUGGGCCAAUGUACGGUCAUCCCAGACACUGAGAAGGAGCAGGAGUGGACCCCAGUAACUGGGCCCCUUCUGGCCCUCAAGGAAGAGGACCAGCUCCUGGUCAGGAGGCUGAGCCGCCAUGUCCUGAGUGCCAGCGUGGCGAGCUCCGCGGUGAUGAGCACGGCCAUAAUGGCAACGCUGCUGCUCUUCAAGCACCGAAAGGGUGUGUUCCUGUCGCAGCUCCUGGGGGACUUCUCCUGGCUGACGGAGGAGACGCUGCUGCGCGGCUUUGACGUGGGCUUCUCUGGGCUGCUGCGGUGCUUGGUGCAGUACACACUGAGCCUGCUGCAGGCACAUGUGGCCCUGCUGCACGUCCACCAGGGGGACCUUCUGGUGGUCCCUCGGCCAGGCCCAGGCCUCACGCACCUGGCACGCCUGAGCGCUGAGUUGCUGCCUGCCUUCCUGAGUGAGGCUGUGGGUGCCUGUGCUGUGCGGGGACUGCUGGUGGGCAGAGUGCCACCUGAGGGGCCCUGGGAGCUGCAGGGCAUUGAGCUGCUGGGCCAGAAUGAGCUGUACCACCAGAUCCUGCUGCUACUCCACUUGCUGCCUCAGGACUUGCUGUUGCCGCAGCCCUGCCAGUCUUCCUACUGCUACUGUCAGGAGGUCCUGGACCGUCUCAUCCAGUGUGGGCUCCUGGUUGCUGAGGAGAACCCAGGCUCCCAGCCAGCCUGUGACACAGGGCGACGGCGUUUGACUGCAAAGCUGCUGUGGAAACCGAGUGGGGACUUCACUGAUAGUGACAGUGAUGACUUCGAGGAGGCCGAGGGCCGGUACUUCAGGCUCAGUCAGCAGUCUCGCUGCCCUGACUUCUUCCUUUUCCUCUGUCGCCUGCUCAGCCCACUGCUGAAGGCCUUCGUGCAGGCUGCUACCUUCCUCCACCAGGGACGGCUGCCUGAUACGGAGUUGGGCUACGUGGAGCAGCUGUUCCAGUUCUUGCAGGCCACUGCCCAGGAGGACGGGUUCUUUGAGUGUGCGGACCGAAAUCUAGCCUUCAACGCUAUCUGGACCUUCAGAGACCUAGGGGUGAGGGGCAAGCUCUGUUCCUGUUCUGCCACCUGCCCCCCACCCCACUCCCCACCCCACAUCCCUGCCUGGGGAAGCUCAGCUGUGCUAGAAGCACUCGCAGCCCUUCUCUGUGGCUCAGGUGCUUCAGCAGACGCCCAGCCCAGCAGGCCACAUGCUCCACCUGUCCCCUACAUUUGCCAUCCGGGAAAAUCAGAAGAAGCUGGAACAGUUCAUCCAGCAGUUCAUCUGUAGCUAGAACGUGGGGUGGAGCCCAUGCAAAGACCUCUCAGCUAAGUCCUGGAGCCAUAAGACCAGGAGGAGGAAGCAAACCCUUAGGUGGACUAUAAAAUCUUUGUCCCUUGUCAUCUCUGGCUUUCUCUAUCCUUUGGUGUGAUAAAUGAAGGGACUGGAAAAGUCUUCUUUUCUCAAGUCCAGC